GAUCAUAUCUUAUUCCAUCUUUCAACCCUAAUGGGUCUGCCGUCAGACAGCGCGCGCCGCCGGCGAACCGUUGCCGCGGGAGUAUUCCACGGCCAUGGAGCUCCGGGAGCCGUUCCCGUCCCUGUCCCUCGCAGACCCGGAACCGGACGGCGAUCUCGGGUACCGAUGGUUGUCGAGCACUGCUCCUCAAGGAUUCUUUCUGUGCUCGGCGGCAAGGCGCUCGCCAUCCACGCCAUCAAAGACAGCCACCUCGACGGCAACAGGACACAUGUCGCAGGCGUGUGGCUCCGGAACAUCAAGGUCAGCGCUCCCGCCGUCUGGCGCCACCCCCUCACACCCUUCGCGAUCGACCGCUUCCGGCGGCAUACGACCGCGGCCGCACCGCCGAGAUCCCCUCCUGGUCCUGGCUGUCGUUUGACGGCAGUGCCCGCUUCGACAUUGGCGAGGACUUUGACACCUCUCCCGUGCUGCUCGACUGCGUCCUGGUCUUGACGGCGGGAGACUUCCGGGGACAACCCGUCACAGCGGGGAAGCCCCGAGGGUACUCGCACACGACACAGGGAAACGAAACCGCCUACGGGCUUCUCCUGCGAGACGUGCCGGGCUCUGAUGGCUUUUGAAAGGUCCGGGUUGGACUAUUUAGGGGAGAAGAGGGGUUGAGCCCGUACUUUGACGAUGGUCUCGAUAUUGGCUGGCUUUCUAGGCCCGUCUAUUUAGUCCUCUUGGUAGUUGGUUUCCUGUAGAAUCUGGGUGACUCCCGUGCUAAAAUCCUCGACAACAAACUUUUCCAACAACCAUUACGUACGGUCUAAUGUGGCGGUGGAUGGUUCGUCCCAAACAACGCUUGAGAAUUAGCCUUCAUCGCAACUGGUCCCUGCGAGCAUGCCAAUUUUGUGCGCUUCGUCAUGCGUACACAUUCACAUCCAU